AUGGCCAAGGUUUGGCCACACCUAGCCUAUGCCUUGGCAUUGUGCUUGAUAAUCAACAAUGUAGCUGCCGACUAUGAGCCUUCCUAUGUACCACCUCCAUACGUAUACAAGUCACCUCCACCACCUCCGUACGUGUACAAGUCACCUCCACCUCCUCCAUAUGUUUAUAAGCCACCACCACCUCCUCCUUACAUAUACAAGUCACCUCCACCUCCUCCAUAUAUUUAUAAAUCACCACCACCUCCUCCAUAUGUGUACAAGCCACCUCCACCUCCUCCAUAUGUGUACAAAUCACCCCCACCUCCUCCAUACGUUUAUAAGUCACCUCCACCUCCUCCUUAUAUUUACAAGUCACCUCCACCUCCUCCAUAUGUGUACAAAUCACCCCCACCUCCUCCAUACGUUUAUAAGUCACCUCCACCUCCUCCAUAUGUAUACAAGUCACCACCACCCCCUCCAUAUAUGUACAAGUCACCACCACCUCCUCCAUAUGUCUACAAGUCACCACCACCCCCUCCAUAUAUGUACAAGUCACCACCACCUCCUCCAUAUGUCUACAAGUCACCUCCACCUCCUCCAUAUGUUUAUAAGUCACCACCACCUCCUCCAUACAUAUACAAAUCUCCUCCACCUCCGCCAUAUGUUUACAAGUCGCCACCACCUCCCCCACAUUACAAGUAA